CUUCAAGCGUACGCGACAAGACCGAAAGGCGGUAUGGGUAAAUUAGAAUUAAUUUUAGGCUUCCGUGGUUGUCGGCGCGAGAUGGACAUGGAGGCUGAGAAUACAAUUAGUAUUGCCUUGCGCGUCUUAACAAAGAGCAACAAGAACAGAUAUGAUUCCUAUGGCUUAAAAGCGGUUCCUCUUUUUGAAACUGUUAAAGGACUAAAAGAAUACCUUGUUCAGAGAAGCGGAGAGGAACUUAAACCAGCCACGACUGGCGAAGAUUCUACGCUUGGUUACUUCGGUGAAGGAAACAAGAAAUUUACGAUCAAGUCAGAACUUCAACUGGCCGAGGCUUUAUCAUUGGUAAAACGGGGGAUGGUUACGUUGUGGGCGGACCCACAUUUACUUAAACCUGGAAAACCACAGGGCCACAGUACAGCGUUGGCAAAGAAAAGAAAAGGUAUGUUACAGCGCGCACUGUAAAUUUUUUACUCUAAUUGUAUUUAAUUCUUCUCGAGCUUGUUUCCUUUUUUUUUUCACUGGAUUCAAGUAAUAUUUUUUUUGUCUAGCGUCUUCCGUUCCUGACAACACCGAGGAAGACGAGAAUAGUUAUGAAGAUCGCCUGUCAAGGCUAAGAGCUAAUCAUAAACUGCCCGAGUUUAAAUUACGGUGCUGGGAUAGAAUGUUGGUGAGCAACUUUGAAUUUCCCGCUUUUGAGUAAUGCAAAACUAAUGGACUUCACCGAUUGCCGUCAUAGUGUUUCCUAAUGUUUUGUUUCAGUCUCAUGGUGCAAAGCUAUACCGUGUGCCCAAAUCAUCUCCUUUAACAUUUUUCUCAAAAUUAUUUGUAAUUUCACAUGAAAAUUUUCCUCAUUAUUUAGUGUACGAACUCCACGUGCCAACUCCUUUUUUUUUAAUUUAUGCAACUCUUGGGGCUUUUACCGCUAUAAAAUUGCGGACCAAAAAUAAAUCUCCUAAUUAAAUAGCUCUUGCAAAUUAACAGUAAGAAAGAGGAAUUCGUUAUAAUGACCCACAGUAUUUCAUAAUAGUGUUUUUGGUGAAAUUUUUAUUUCCCCGACGGAGACCAUACAUGUAUUUUUUUUAAAAUGAAGUCGUGGCGCUCGUUACUAAUUAGUCAGGGAAGGCAUACACUGAAUACAGCUAAUUAAUUUAUUGUUGCAUACUAGGUAAACGGCACACAUGACAGCGAAGAUGAACCUCCGGAUUUGUCAUUUUUCACAGGCAAAUCGAAUAAGAUUAAAGGCCGAGCACCAAAUACAACCGACUGCGAAGCUCGCCACUCAACAGCUGAUGGCGCUGAGAGUAAGGUGAUUACCAUAAGAAGUUUACUAAUUCUGAAGCUGUUAUCAUCUUUUUCAGCAUUUGUUUACUUACGCUCGCUUUUUAUUCUCUCUUCGUAAAUCCGCAUGCGAAGUGCUAUUUUGCAACAACUGAAGGAUUUGAAAUCACUUAAGGUGGCUCCGUAAUUAAUACAAGAGCAUUUAGCUGUGACAAAUUUUCCGUCAUAACGUUUUCGAUUUUAACGCGAUGGCUGCGAAACUUUGCAAAAAACAACAGAUAUCAUUCGGCAAUAAUGCGAAAUAUUCCGAUUUCAUUGAUGGUAAAUAUUUCUUGAGAAAUUAGCGCUUAAAAGGACCCUACGGCUCAAAGAAAAUCGCCUCUAGUAAAAAAAUUUUGCUGAUAUUCUUUACUGAAAUUUCUGGUAUAGGCUUUAAUUGAUAUAAUAAGUAUGGCAGAGGAAUUUCAGAAAAAUCGUUGGAGCAGAAGUCCGUAACUAAAAGUCGCUCAAAAUUCAGCUUUGAAAUUGUUUUGGAAUUUCAAAAUUAAAUUACUAUCAGGAAGAAGGAGACACCAGUUUCAAUUUUCGGGACAAGUAAAUUCAGUCGGUUUCCUAAUUCUGAAAACAGAAGCCUAUUGCCUAUCGUGCUAUUCUUUAAAAGGUACUUUUCAGUUUUAGAAGCACUAUAAAUUGCUCCAAACUUUGCUCUGACGUCGAAUGACUUGUUCCUCGACAUUUUUAAAAUAUCCCUUGGCAGUUUUGGUUCAAACUCCUGCUACAUACAUUUUGAUGUAUUGCAAUGCAUCCUCAACGGCUUUUCCUGCUGUACGUUGUUUCCAAUUCAGGAAAAAGGUAUUGGGAUUGUAAGCUACCUUGUAUCGAAGCUCAGAUAGAACUGUCCAGCACCUUUGUUUAUGACCAGAAAAUGAGCACGAGCGGCAGCUCUGCGAGGAAUUCGCACCUCAGCCAGGGGGGACGAGUGACAAUGAUGCCCAUGUCUGUGAACCGAUCCGUAUUGCAGAGCAAAACAUAAUAAUCAAGAAAAAAAUACCCAUUGAUUGAAGGAAGGAGUAACAAAAAUUUCAGUGUUGUAAAUUUAUUCACGGGCAGUAUUUUGCGAUAAUUUUCUUUUGCACUGUGAUGUUCUUUUUUUGGCAUUAUUGCCGAAUGAUAUCUGUUGUUUUUUGCAAAGUUUCGCAGCCAUCGCGUUAAAAUCGAAAACGUUAUGACGGAAAAUUUGUCACAGCUAAAUGCUCUUGUAUUAAUUACGGAGCCACCUUAAUAACGAUGGUGUCAUUUCAGAUGACGAGUUUGUUGGUCAAAAGGAGAAACUUCUGAGAGAACUCAGUGUUCUUUAA